GUCAUGGUCAAACGUGUUAGACGCCAUCGUCAUAUUUCAUAAAAAAUCUCAAAAAGUUAGGUUAUAACUUUUGCUUUUGUGGUUUGUGUCGUGUUUGCCGGUUAAUUUAACAAACUUUCAAUCCAGGGCGUCAAAUAAAAAGAGAAAGUGGUCUCAAUCGCCAAACGCGAUGGCGGCCAUCGAGAUUCCCCUCCGUGAUACUGAUGAGGUGAUCGAAUUAUAUCCCGAUCAACUUCCUGACGGCGAUGAGGUUCUGGGAAUCUUGCGCCAGGAAAAUGCGAGUCUUCAUAUCUGGGUCACUUUGGCCCUCGAGUAUUAUAAGCAGAACAAAAUCGAUGAUUUCAUUAAGAUCCUGGAGUCUUCCCGUCUCGAUGCAAACACAAGUUAUCGAGACUUUGAAAAGGAUCAGAUGCGAGCUCUUGACAUGUUGGCUGCCUAUUAUGUCCAGGAAGCCAAUCGAGAAAAAAAUAAAGACAAAAAACGUGAUCUUUUUACGAAAGCUACUUUGCUUUAUACCACCGCUGACAAAAUCAUCAUGUACGAUCAGAAUCACUUGCUUGGUCGAGCCUACUUUUGUCUCCUCGAAGGCGACAAAAUGGAACAAGCAGACGCACAAUUCAAUUUCGUAUUGAAUCAGUCUCCCAACAAUAUUCCCUCGCUCCUCGGAAAAGCCUGCAUCGCAUUUAACAAAAAAGAUUACCGAGGUGCUCUCGCAUUUUACAAGAAAGCCCUGAGAACAAAUCCGAGAUGUCCAGCGGCUGUCAGACUUGGAAUGGGACACUGUUUCAUGAAAAUGAACAAUCCUGACAAAGCUCGUCUCGCGUUCGAAAGAGCACUUGAAUUGGAUGGCCAAUGUGUCGGGGCGCUCGUGGGACUUUCUAUUUUGAAGUUGAAUCAACAGCUUCCGGAGAGCAUUAAAUCUGGGGUUCAAAUGCUCUCCAAAGCCUACACCAUAGACUCGACAAAUCCCAUGGUUCUCAAUCACCUGGCAAAUCAUUUUUUCUUCAAGAAGGACUACAGCAAAGUUCAGCAUCUUGCUUUGCAUGCUUUCCAUAAUACCGAAAAUGAAGCUAUGCGGGCUGAGAGUUGUUACCAGCUUGCGAGAGCUUUCCACGUACAGGGAGACUACGAUCAGGCCUUCCAGUAUUAUUACCAGGCGACACAGUUCGCACCAAUUGCCUUUGUUCUUCCGCAUUUUGGUCUUGGACAGAUGUAUGUUUAUCGUGGAGAUUCUGAAAACGCGGCCCAGUGUUUUGAAAAGGUUCUCAAAGCUCAACCCGGAAACUAUGAAACGAUGAAAAUCCUGGGCUCCCUGUAUGCAAAUUCUACUUCUCAAUCGAAAAGAGACGUUGCGAAGAAUCAUCUGAAAAAAGUGACGGAACAACUUCCUGACGAUGUGGAAGCCUGGAUAGAAUUGGCACAGAUUUUGGAACAAUCAGAUUUGACUGGUGCCUUAAAUGCUUACGGAAUAGCAACGAAAAUUUUGAAAGACAAAGUUGGAGUCGAUAUUCCACCCGAAAUUCUAAACAAUGUUGGAUCCUUGCAUUAUCGUCUUGGAAACUUGGAAGAGGCGAGGAAGAACUUGGAAGAAUCGUUGAGUCGUGCAAAUCAGGAAGCUGAACACGAUCCGGGAUAUUAUAAUUCAAUAUCUGUGACUACCACCUACAAUUUAGCAAGAUUGAACGAAGCUUUGUGCACUUUUGACAAGGCUGAGAAGUUGUACAAGGAUAUUUUGAAGGAGCAUCCGAACUAUGUUGAUUGUUAUUUACGAUUGGGAUGCAUGGCUCGAGACAAGGGACAAAUUUAUGAAGCUUCUGAUUGGUUCAAGGACGCGCUCAGGAUCAACAAUGAACAUCCGGACGCCUGGUCUCUGCUCGGAAAUCUCCAUUUGGCCAAAAUGGAAUGGGGUCCUGGGCAAAAGAAAUUUGAGAGGAUUCUGAAAAAUCCGAGCACGAGCACUGACGCUUAUUCUUUGAUUGCCCUCGGCAACAUUUGGUUGCAAACUUUGCACCAGAGUGGAAAAGAUAAGGAUAGGGAGAAGAGGCAUCAGGAUCGUGCUUUGGCGAUGUACAAACAGGUAUUGAGAAACGAUCCAAAAAAUAUUUGGGCAGCAAACGGAAUUGGUGCAGUUCUCGCACACAAAGGUUGCGUGAAUGAAGCGAGAGAUAUUUUCGCUCAAGUCCGCGAAGCAACAGCAGAUUUUUGCGACGUUUGGCUCAAUAUCGCCCACAUUUACGUUGAACAAAAACAAUUUGUCAGCGCCAUUCAGAUGUACGAAAAUUGUUUGAGAAAGUUUUACAAGUACCACCAUGUGGAAGUUUUGCAAUACCUUGGACGCGCCUACUUUAAGGCGGGGAAACUACAGGAGUCGAAAAUGACUCUUUUGAAGGCUCGAAAAGUAGCUCCUCAAGACACAGUUUUGCUCUACAACAUCGCCUUGGUCCUGCAAAGACUGGCAACUUCAAUUUUGAAGGACGAAAAGUCAACUCUGACAACUGUCUUGCAGGCAGUUCACGAACUUGGACUUUCGAACAAAUAUUUCCAGUAUUUGGGUUCCCAUGGAGACAGAAUGGAACAAUUGGCAGAAACUGAAUCGAAAAGGUGUCAGGAUUUACUUUCCCAAGCUCAAUAUCACGUCGCGAGAGCUCGAAGAUUGGACGAAGAGGAAAAACUGCUCAGAAAGAAACAGGAGGAGGAAAGACAAGCUUUCAAGCUUCGUCAGACGGAAGAGCAGCGGAAACUGGAGGAGAUGCGUCGACAGAAAGAGGAAGCGAUGCUCCAGAAGCGUCAAGAGUUUGUCGAAAAGACGAAAAAUGCAAUGUUCUUUAAUGAUAUGCCGCAAGAAAAGAAAGGGAAAGGAAAGAAAGGCAGAAGCGAGCAGUAUGUCAGCGAUAGUGGCGGUUCCGGGGGAGAUGAAAGACGAGAAGAGGCUCCUCGGGAGAAGAAACGUAAGAGGAAAUCGAGCGCUGAAAGAAAACCGAGAGGGAAAGGAAAGCGGAGAAGAGCUGCCGGAAGUGGAGACAGUGCUGCAGGCUCGGAAAGCGAUAGACCAAGGGCCAAGAAAGGAAGGAAGGCUGGCAGUUCUAAAAAAUCCAAGAAGGUCAUUGUGGAAACUCCUAAGAAAGGAAGAAUUAUAUCCAAAGAGACCAUUUCUACGAGCGAAUCAGAAAGCGACUCUGAUCGGCGUAAAAUCUCUAGAGGGGACGACAGUGAAAAGGAAGGACCAAGUGGAAAACGAAAGAUUCUAUCCGACUCGGAAGGAUCGCGCUCACGUUCGAGAUCGCGAUCAGGAUCAGCCAAAAGUAAAUCGCGUUCAAGAUCGAGAUCGGGAUCGGGUUCGAGAAAGAGUCGGUCACGUUCCAGAUCCAAGUCUGGGUCGAGAAAGAGUUCCAGAUCAAGAUCAAGAUCGUCUUCCAGGUCACGGUCACGUUCAAACAGUGGCUCCAGAAAAUCGAGAUCGCGCUCUAGAUCAGGAUCUCGAAACAGUGGAUCUCGUUCAAGGUCUGGAUCCCGAAAAAGCAAAUCCGGAUCGCGUUCUCGAUCGGGAUCAGGAUCUCGUUCCAGGUCCGGAUCAAGACACAGUAAAUCCAGAUCGAGAUCCAAAUCGAAAAGUGGCUCGCGUUCAAGAUCUGGAUCGAGAAAGAGUGGUUCCCGAUCGAGAUCGAGAUCGGGAUCGAGAAAAAGCGGUUCUCGUUCGAGGUCAGGAUCGAGGAAAAGCGGAUCUCGUUCCCGAUCGGGAUCACGAAAAUCCAGAUCGCGCUCAAAGUCUGGAUCUCGAAAAUCCGGAUCUCGUUCGCGAUCGGGAUCAAGAAAAAGUGGAUCUCGUUCAAGAUCUCGAUCGAGAUCCGGCUCCGCGAAAAGUGGAUCUCGUUCGAGAUCUGGAUCGCCCUAAUAGUAAUCUACUUGUAAAAACGUUGUGUAUAAUAUUACAGCGAUUGUCGUUGGUAAUAGGAAUUGAGAUCAAAGUGAAAUGGGAAACAAUAGUGAGUUUUACAUUCUAAUUGUAAAAUUCAGUGU